UUUUUUUUUUUUUCCCCUCUCUCUCGCGUGUGUGUGCGCGCUUCCUCGAAGACCCAGCCCCGGGCGAGGAGGAGGAGGAGGAGAAGGAGGUGGAGGCACAACGCAUGAGCGGCGGCGGCGGCGCCUGGGGAGGGGGGAUCGCUCGGGCACCCGCGGGGACUCCGCAGCAGCGCCCCAUGGAGCGGCACUGAGGGCCGAGCGGUGCCGCCGGCGCGGCGGGCUGGGGCGGGCGGCGGGAGAGCUUCGUUCGGGGCCGGGGGCGGGCCGGGGCACGCGAGGCAGCGGCGAUGAGUCUGGUGGGCGGCUUCCCCCACCACCCGGUGGUGCACCAUGAGGGCUACCCCUUCGCCGCCGCCGCUGCCGCCGCCGCCGCCGCCACCCGCUGCGGCCACGAGGAGAACCCCUACUUCCACGGCUGGCUCAUCAGCAGCCACCCGGAGAUGUCCCCCCCCGACUACAGCAUGGCUCUGUCCUACAGCCCCGAGUACGCCAACGGGGCGCCGGGCAUGGACCACUCCCAUUACGGGGGGGUGCCGCCCGGGAGCGGCCCUCCCGGGCUCGGGGGGCCCCGGCCGGUGAAGCGCAGGGGCACGGCGAACCGCAAGGAGCGGCGCAGGACUCAGAGCAUCAACAGCGCCUUCGCGGAGCUGCGCGAGUGCAUCCCCAACGUGCCCGCCGACACCAAGCUCUCCAAGAUCAAAACCCUCCGCCUGGCCACCAGCUACAUCGCCUACCUCAUGGACCUGCUGGCCAAGGACGACCAGAACGGGGAGGCGGAGGCUUUCAAGGCAGAGAUCAAGAAGACGGACGUGAAGGAGGAGAAGAGGAAGAAGGAGCUGAAUGAAAUCUUGAAAAGCACAGUUAGCAGCAGCGAUAAGAAAACCAAAGGGCGGACAGGCUGGCCGCAGCACGUCUGGGCGCUGGAGCUCAAGCAGUGAGCGCGGCGGGGGCCCUGCUCGGCGCUCCCCGAGGACUCUCGCGUUCGGAACCAUCCCGCUUAUUUAUGUGCAAUUUCUCCCCCACCCCCCUAAAAUGUGGAUAUUUGAAGGAGAGGGAAAAAGCAUUCCAUAGAUGGAUAUGAAGAGGAAACUCCGGCUUGGUAAGGGGUAACAACGUCUCUAAUAGUUUCGUGAAUGUUAUUUGCUCUGUAUAAAACCCACGGGGAAAACAGAACCGUAGAGAAGGAGAAAGGAAAAAAAGAAUCCCUCCCUGGCAUUAGUGUGUAUGUGAAGUGUAUCUUUAAUACUUGGCCGUUUGGAUAUAAAUAUUCCUGGGAUUAUAAAGUUCUAUUUCAACAGAAGCAGUUGCACCCGCGUUCGGUCGGCUCCGUAUUUCGUGUCGUGAUUUUGUUGUGAUUGUUCGGUAUUCUGAGAUGUUUUCAGCAGUUAUUGGUUAUGUGCACUUCCGUCCAUAAGGGAAAAAGUGGAAUCUAAUUAAUAUUGAAGGUGUAAGCGUUGUAAGUACUCAAUAAACCACUGUGUGUGUUUUUUACAAAAAGGGGGGGGAAACCCAAAUCUUUUUAUGUUUUAUACCUCAAAAUGUUUUGAAUAACAGCGUUGUUUAUGGCUUUUUUUCAUAAUAUUUAAAAUAUUCGGAAGUAAACUAAAUUAUAAAGA